AUGUCUACCAACUUGAUUUUGCUUGCUAUUCUUGCUUUGUCAAUACUGAUAAAUGGUCAAACGAAUGAUGACCGAGAUUUACCUCCAGUGUCAUAUGUAGCUGGUCGAAAUACCAAAGUAGAAUUUGAUUCACAGUUUUCGCGUGGUGUUUGUCCAGAGCGUUUUUAUCAAUUAGGUGAUGAAUGUUUAUAUUUUUCUAUUGAUGGUAAAAUAUUUCAAUGGCAACAGGCACAACAUAUAUGUGAACGACGUGUUGGUCCUAUCUUAGAACAACCAUGGUCUAAUCCCGAUCAACCAAAUAUGAAACCAACUAAAGGUGUUAGACAAUUGGUAUUAAAUACUCCAGAAAAAACUGAAAUCUUUCAAGCACUUUUUCGAGAAUACAGUGAACAAAAUUGGGCUGUUCGCCUUCCAUUGGAUUAUAAUAUAUUACAACGAUGUCAAGAUGGAAAAGAUGAUAAAUGGCCACAAUUCUGUGAAAAGCGUUCAUCCUUCAAUUCAUCAUGCUUUGAAACUACAUCAUCUGGUCAAGAUGAUAUAUGUUUACGAGAAGUCGUAUGUAAUAAAAAAUAUCUACGACUUGCAUGUGAAUUUACAUUACCGGGAAGAGCUGAAAUAACGAAUUCAAAAUUUCGUCAUUGUACAAAAAUUCGUGAUGGUAGCCGUCGCCGUUUACCAGUCUGGUUAUGGAUUGUAAUAGGUGUCAGUAGUGGCUUAAUUAUUUUAUUAAUUGUUCUUGCUGUUGCGUUAUGGAUUAUGAAAUCAAGAAAGAAAUCUAGAAAACCUCAAAAAUCUUUACCAGCACCACGUCGUUCAGAAGAAACCACUAUACGACCGGUAAUAAAACGUCAAGAUCCAGCUGCUGAACCGAUGCUUGUUCGAACUGGUCCAGUUAAUACAGAUGAUUCGGAUUAUUUGCAACCUCGACUAUCAGUAAAAGAAAAUACAGCUAAUGCCUAA